ACCAAAUGUUGGUUACAUAGAAAUCUCUUUUCGGCUACAAUAGAUAUAAGGAUUUUAAUAGGACUCUACUCAUUUAUCCUCCUUUAUAGCUUGUAAUUUUCCUAGAAGACGUCACUAAUGUUCAUUUUCACGGCCGCAGAUCCGUGGAAUGACCGACAAAGAGACCUUGGAGUCCCUGCAGAUCCUCGUGAUGUCAUUCCAGAUGCAGGAGUACAAGGAGAGGCUCGUUAAGCGCCUCAACACCGGCCAGAAGCGGAAGCUGCAGCUAGCCAUUGCCCUGAUCGGUGAUCCCAAGAUGCUGCUCUUAGACGAGCCGACCGUGGGCUGUGACACAGAAGCGCGGAACGCGUUGUGGCACGCCAUUCUGAAGAACCGCGGCCAGCGUGGCAUACUGUUGGCCACCAACUCCAUCGAGGAGGCCGACAUCCUCGGCGACCGUUCUGCGAUCAUCUCCUCGGGGAGCGUGCGGUGCUGCGGCUCUUCCAUCUUCCUGCGAAGGAAGUACGGAAUCGGCUACCGACUGCACAUGACGACGACCGAAAUGCCGAACGUGAAGCACAUCAUCGGAUUCCUCAAGACCGUGGUCGAGGGCGCCGAGGUGUUCCUGCGCCGGCGCGGUUUCCUUGUCUUCUCCCUCGGCAACCCGGAACACACAAAACUCGUCCAGCUGCUCAAGGCGAUCGAGGCAAACAAGCGCAAUCUCGGCAUCUUCACCAUGGGCCUGGCCGCUACCUCGCUUGAAGACGUCUUACUGAAGUAA